AUGUACAUAUAUACUCGACACACGAAUGCAUUCACACAAGAAAGUCUGUAUGUCUAAUUGUAUCAGCCGUUUAUUGGCUCCACAAAGAGACAACCUCACGAAUUCAAAAUCCAUCCGUAAGUGUGAAGAAAGCUGGAAAAGACUGGGGACACGUCAGAGGACUGGGGCUGAGGCUGUGACUGAGGUCUGUUCUGGUCUGGACAAGGGCCAGUCAUUGUCGUCACAACCACCGUGGCCCAAAGUCUGUCCUCACAACAGUGUCAUCUUAACAUCUACGUUUUCUGUUCUGCUCGAUUGCCUACGACGAUCUCUAUAUGAAAUUGAGAAAGUAGAAAGCAGCAAGGUCCUAUCAUGGUUAUCCUGGAUCCUGGAGCUUCCUAGCCUACGAGUCGAGAAUCUUCUGCGAUCCUUGGGCACCACCUCGAAACUGCUGGGCGAGGCCAUUGGCGAACGGAUCACGUUCAAGGCCAAGGGUGCCAAGAAGCAUCUGGACAGGAACCUAAGGAGCUCCACGGAAGCGAUCAGCAAUCUCAGCGCUGACGCUGGCAGCCGUCUGAAGAAUGCCAGCAGGCGAUUCGGGUCGAACUUCACCUUGGGGGGCAGGGGAGGCCAUGGGGACAGAGAAGCGGAGGGUGGAGAAAGCUCCGUGGGAGAGUUUGACCUUGAGCGACGACAGACCAUGCCCAACACGGAUGUCUUCAAUGCGAUACAGUUCUCCAGUCCCCUGAACCGGAAUGUCGUCGGCGGAGGAUUCACCGAUCUCCGCGAUCAGGCAAAGGUCACUGCCAAAGUCAAAGUUGAGGAUCAAGAGGUGCCAGCUGGGGGGGACGGUGCCGGGGAUGAUGACGGCUGUUAUGAGGUGCCCAAGGUGCAGGGUAAGCCCCGCUACGAUGAGGCACUGAGGGCACGUCCCUCCCCACCUCCCCCGCUGGCCAGAAAUCUCUCUCAGGAGCAGGUCCAGCUACGGACGCAGCAGCGUCCCCCGAUCCGCGGAGAUGACGCAACGACGUCGUCUCCGCCAUCGUCCCUGCCAAUGCCCGCGUUCCCUCCGCCGCGCCUCUCCCAACAGCCGGAGCGGUUCCGGCUGGACGCACUGCAGCCGCCCGUGCGGCAGAAGCGCCGCAAGAACUACGAGCACAUCGAGCUGCGACGUCCCCCCGUGGACUCCGCCGAGCUGAAGGAACUGAAUCGGGCAGCGGCGGUAGCGGAGCGAGAGGAAUCGCUGCUAAUCUGCGCCAAGAUUGCCGCCGAAGAGGCGAGGGCCCCAAAGCCAGAGCGCAGCGAUUCCUGGCAGUUCUACGGCGAGGAUGUCGAUUCGCAGCAGGGAGAAGAGGUGCAGGAAGAAGACUCCUCCCGGGAACCGGUCUAUGCCAACCAGGAAGCCACCUACGGGAAGCUCUUCGAGAUGGCCACCGCGGGGAGCAGUCGCGGCUGCAACUUGUUGACCCCCAACCAGCAGCAGCAGCAAAACCAGCAGCAGCAAGAGCUGGCCUGCAUCAGCGAAGAUGGGGAGCUGGACAGCAACGACGGAGCCGUCGGUGGAUGGUCCGCGCCCCAGGAGCUGAUCGAGGAGUUCGAUCCAUUAAUGAGCAGCAAGUGCUCGACGCUGGAGCGUUCCAACAAGAGCAACGAGCUGCUACUGCUCGAGCACCUACUGGAGGAGGACACCUACGGCACUGUGGAACAAGAGCGGGAUCAGGACGAUGUCAGCAUGUGCACCUCCGAGGAGGAGCCGCCUAGUGGAUGUGCGGCCACGACAAGUGGUCGCCAGCCCCAGAUCGUGCACCAAAAUGCCCAGCUGCUGAACGACAGCCUGGAGCAUAUGCUGGACCGCGAGCAGGAGCAGUUGGAGGCACGUGCCAGGCCCUAUCUGAGCAAGAUACCCGAGGGGACCGCCAACAGAUCCAUGGUGGACUUGGCCAGCGCCUCAAGAAAUCGCACCAAUUGGUUUGUGGCAGACGGUUCUCCAGUCACAACCACAGCCACAGUCACCUCCACCUCCACGUCCAGCAGCAGCACAAAGUCAGCACUACCAAUCGAAGGCGACAGCCCACCCACCUACCUGGAGGCCAUUGGAGGAACAGGAACCAGCGGACAGACCGCCCCUGUCAGUAUCGAGUCUCGUUCUACGCUUAGCUCUCGUCUGCGGAAGACGAUAACCACCUUCUCGAGCGUCAAGCUGCGCAUGGAUGUGAUGAAGAGGCGCUCCAGCUUUAAGGCGGGGGCCCAGAGGCAGUCGGAGGUGAAGGUGGCCCUGCAGAUGGUUCCCCGGCCCAGUCUGUCGCCGCUUCUGGUGCGCUACGAAGGUCCCCUUGUGCGGUUUCCCUCGGGCGUGGUCGAAGAUAUACUUAAGGAGAUGCAGAACCGAAAGGCCAUACUCAGGGACCGCCAGUUCCAGACAUUUCUCGACCAUGAGAUGAAGACGCCAAGGGAGUCGAUACCCUUGGACACCAUAACCACGCUGCAGUGCGUCAGCAACAAUCGCGUCACGGACACGGCGACCCACUUUUACUGCUUCGAGAUCACGACAUCUCAGCCGAAAAACGGAGGCAACGGCAACGGAGUAAGCGACAGCAUGUCCUCGAAUCCCAAUCUGGUGAUGACCAGCAGCUCGUCAGGGAACGUCAAGCAGCAGCGGGUUUCCCAUCUGUAUGGCGUGGGCAAGGAGUCCGAGAGGGGCGUCUGGAUGCAGAAGAUCCUUGAGAGUCUCACCAACAGUAUGCCUGUCAAGUACACAUGCCACUAUUACCGCGCGGGCUGGUGCUACCUAAAGAACUCUAUCACGUCAGAGUGGAGUGGCACCUGGUUGGUGCUUCGCAAGAGCCAGCGACGUCUCAUCUUCGUGAGCGAGGCCACUGGGAAUGUGGAGAAAAUGGACUUGCGCAAGGCGCGAUGCAUAGUGCUCAAGGAGAGUGACGAGUCCAUCGACAACCUGCACGGGAUCGGGCCAAUGCUGAUGAUUGACUGUCCGCCGUAUGCUGUCUACAUGAUCAUGAGCUCGGCACGAGAGACAAAGAUCUGGCGUCACAUCAUUCGGGAAGUGGCACACAACAACGGCUUUUCGCUGGGGGAUCAGCAGUUGACGCGGUACGAUGUGCCCGUGAUAGUGGAUAAGUGCAUUAACUUUGUGUACAUCCACGGGUCCAUGUCGGAGGGGAUCUAUCGCAAAUCAGGCUCGGAGAACUCCAUGCACAAGCUGAUGAGCGCCUUCCGAGCGGAUGCCUUUAAUGUGGAGAUCACCCGAAACGAGUACAAUGAGCACGACGUAGCCAAUGUCCUCAAGCGGUUCAUGAGGGACUUGCCCGAGCGCCUCCUGGGCAAGCUAACCGACAGCUUCGUCUUCGUCACCGAGCUGAAUUUGGCCGCCGAGAAGAUUCCCAUCUAUCGUGAGCUCCUCGCUCGCCUCUCGCCCAUCGAGCAUGAGACCUUGCGCCGGAUCGUGGGCCACCUGGUGUUCAUUAGCUCGCAGCAGACCAAGAACAAGAUGAGCGUUCAGAAUCUAACCAUGAUCUGGGGCCCAACGCUGCUGGCCAAGAAGAGCGAUGAGCUAAUCUACUCUCAGAAAGAGGCCGAUGUUCUCAGCGAUCUCAUUCUUCUGUACAAGAACCUAUUCCUCAGUGCCGAUGAAAUUAAACGGGAGCAGGCCAUGCUGGCAUGCCUGCAAAAGUAUUACGCUGCCGCCGAGACGCUCAAAGAUGCGGUCAAGCAGUCGGGGGACAUAAAGAUCUGGAUCAGCCUGAAUCCGAAUCCAGACAACAUCACAGAGGAAAAGAUGCAGGUGAACGCCACGAUUUCACCCACCAAAACCGCCUACGAGCUAUGUCGGGAAUAUUCCGUCAAAAUGCAACUACCAACCCAUCAACUGACGCUCUACGAGGUGAUACUGAACGGCAGCCUGGAGCGGCCCCUGCACCAUGACACAAAAGUGUUCGACGUGAUCCUUAACUGGUCGUACUGGCCGGAGGAAGAUCGCAAGCACAACUAUCUGAUGGUGCGGCCCAUUGAGAUGCUGCGCGAAAUACAGCGGGCGAUCAAGAAUCUGGCCACAGUGACGCCCGGCAAGGAGCUGCGCUUCGCCGACAAUCGCACCAAGACGUUCAAAUCUCUACAGUGCGAGCUGCGCGACGGCAAGAUUGUUAUUUCCAAGAAGGACAAAAACGACAAGACAACUAUUAUCAGGGAGAUAUUUCUGCAGAGCUGUGAGCGCAAACGAGACUUUCCAUGGAGCUGGGCCAUCACUUUUGUCGAGCGCACCCAGGCACAGAUAAUGAGAUCGCGAGAUGCUCCCUACAUUGGCCAUGUUCUGGCCGGCAGCGAGUGGGUGGAUCGUACCAUUUGGUAUUCGAGCAUCUGGUAUUGCCUCUACGGUGACAAUAUUUUACCACCAGCUGAGAUCAUCCUCAAGUAAAGGAAGAUCUGAUCAGCCCUAAACCAUAUUUUUGUCUCUCUGUUGCAUUUCUUUAGUUAUUAUGUACAUACAUAGAUACUCUGAAUUUAUAUGAAAUAUGAUUAAUUUACGAUCCGAUUUUCACCAUCGUUGCACCCCGCCCCCUAACUUUUCGAAGUUUUUUUUUCCUAAACAUAAAAUGUCGAAUAGCUUGGAAAACAAUCUACAUAGUAAAUAAUACUAUCAUACUAAUGAUCCACAUUAUCUGUACAUAAUCAUAAUCGCCUAAAACCAAAAUUGUAUAUUACCAUAAAAACAUUAUUUUUACUUCUUUGCAUAUGUAUGUAUAACUGAGUGUUCGAUACAGUCUAAGUAUCGAAAUUACUUUCUGACUACAUAUACUUUUGGCUACAUAAAGCCAAACAGGCAAUAUUUUCAUAUUUUUAAUAUCAUUUAUUAUAUAUUUAUAUAUAUACUUGUUUUAAUGGGGUCUGCGAUUAUAUACAGUACAUACAAAUAUUUUGUACCCAUUCAUUUUAGAAUCAACACAAUCCAGAAAAGGAAAUGUUGAAUGAAAA